AAGUAAGGGAAGAUGCCCUAUUGCCUUUUCGAUUUUCCCACAUUACUCUGUUACCACCACUCCCAUCCCAAACUAAACUACUCUGCAUCUAUCUAUCUAUCUAUCAUCUUCUUCUUGUUUUUCUCAGUCCUCACCCCCCACCCCCAAUAACAAUUUCUCGAAUUAGGGUUUAUCUCCCUAUUCUCAAACCUUUCAAUCUUCUGACACCGCAAACCCUACUCUUCCCCAAUCACGAUUCCCCCUUCUCUUUUCGCGAAUCCCCCUCGCUCCAUGCUCUAACACCUGCGCGUUUGUGUUUUCAGAUGGUUCCAUUUCGAAAACAUUGCUGGAAAAAUACAUGAAAUGCUGCUUUUCACUUUUUGUAGUUCUGUUCCGUGUUGCACAAUGUCGAUAAUUGUCGUCUGCGUGUUCAUCCAAAACGGUUAACAAUUCUGUUACGGGAUUCUCUAUUCACUGUGAAGAUUGGUUUUUUUUUUUAUAAUUAUAUAUAUAUUUUUGUUGCUUAAUCGAGGGUUAGUUCAAAUUUGAAUAUCUGGUUUAUGCUUUAGAGAUGCAUAAUCAAGUGAAUUGCGGUCCGAACUCGGGACAGGGUUCUGCCCCUCUACCUCCGGCUGCCCUGCCGCCGCCACCACCAGUACCACCGAGUUAUCAGCAGGCACUGCCACCUCCUCCACCGCCACCUCAUUUUCAGCAUUUUGUACCACCAGUGCCACCACCACCAGCUCCAUCAGCAGCUUCCCAUGUUUAUUUACAUGGAACCCCUGCGCCGCCAAAUACAAGACCUUCAUAUUCCAUCCCAUCUCAAAUGGCAUCGCAAACAUUCCCUACCCUUGGACAAAAUUCACAACAUUCUUCUAAUUUAGGUGUCCAGAGUCAUAUCAUUCCUCCCUCGGUUCCUACCCAUAUUGGGCACUCUCAUCAGGACACAUCUUGGGCUCCUGGGCUGCCAAGUAGAGUGUUGCCACCUCCUCCCUCUUCUUCCCAAGGACAAAUUUUGCAUAAUCAACAUCUUCAUGCACCGUCACCACCCCCUUUUCGUGCUCCGUCUCCGGAUGGAGUUUAUUUCCAUUCUACUGUUGGGAAUUACCAACACCAAGUACCUUCCGUUGUUCCUCCGCCGCCACUACCAUCAUUGCCAACUUCUCGACCACCAGUUCUGCCAUCUCCACCGCUUCCUACCUCUGUCACGACUUCUACAUCCUCCCAAGCUGCAUUCACUGAUGUCCCGGACUCUACGAAGAAUCCUAGCUUUGAAUCAAAGGAUGUGGAUUCAGUAGAUGAGUUUGUCGCUUCAUGUCCAUCUGAUAUUGCUCCUGUACAUAAUUCUGAUUCUGACGCUAAUCAGGAUGGUGGAAAUUGUGGAGAGGUUGCGCCGGUUUCCCUCAGAAAUGAGACACCUAGAAGUGUGAUGAGUCUCCCCCCACCUCCGCCCCAGCCAGCGGAAGAAAAUACUGUAGGCACUGAUUCUGACAUGGAGAUGGAAGAUGAUAUCACGCUUUCUGACAAAGACCAAAGAUCAACUUAUGCAAUUGAAGUGAUAACUCAGCAGCAUGAUCGGGUGGAUGAGGUGCUUAGCAUGAAUGAGAAAAUACAGCUGCAGCAGAAUUCAACAGAAAACGAACCUGCCAAGACAGUCUUAUCCAGUGAUGCAUCAUGCUUUGGAUCUACAGGAGUCAGCAAACAAAAUGAAGGACCAGGACCUUCAUCUGGUGUUGAGCCCAUGAAAUCUGCAAGAUCAGUUACCAAGAUUCAUAGUCCCACGAAUGACUCAAAGGAAGUGGCUGAAUCACUCCUGGGCACUGGGUCGGGAAGUUUGGCAGUUCCUCUAGACAAGGAAUUUAUAAGAUAUGGUACUUCUGAUCAUAGCGAAGCUGCUAAUCUCAACAGAGAUUCUGAGCAACUUAUGCGAAUUGGCAGCCCAAUAAGACUUCUUCAAGAUUAUGCUUCUGAUGAAACUUCAGAUAAUGAAGAUGAAGGCCGUACAGAAGCUGCUAAUAAUGUUUUUAGAGUCUCUGCAGGAGCUGUUCCUCGUGUCCCGGAUGCCCGUAAAGAUUGUGAGAGUAGUUUGGAGACUGAUAUUGGAUUUAAAAAUCCCUCCUUUAGUCAAAAGGAGAUUGGGUUGUUCUCCAAAUCAUCACAGGAUAAUUCCGAAAUAUCUCCAUGUUUAGUACAAGAGUCUGACAAAACCUGUAAAAGAUCCGUGUCACAUACUACUGGUGAUGGAUGUGUUGAGCCUACUCUUGAAAAUCAUGUGUAUGUUAAUUUUGCUUCUUCAGUAGAGGCUUUCCAAGGAAAAGAUGGAUUUGGUGAUACUGGCUUUGACAUUGAUAGUAAGAGUGGUACUGCUGAACAGGAACAUGAGAAGGAAACCUCAAAAUUUGAACCAACUGGUCUGAAAGUAGAUGAAUUCGGGAGGAAUAUCAGAGAAGGUGCUACAGAUAGUGACUCUGAUGAAUCUCGCAGUCAUCGGACUAAGAGGAUGAAAAAAAGAGAUAGAAGCCGGAGUCGCAGCUGGUCUCGAUCUCCGCUAGACAGAAGGAGUAGGAGAAGAAGUCCUCGGAGGAGAAAGGAUAAAAGAAGCCGCUCUCGCAGCUGGUCUCCUCGGCGGCGUAGAAGCAGGAGUAGGUCUCCAAUCUUAAGACGUUCAGGUGACAUUCACAGUGAGAAUGUGAGAAGGGACAAGGAUAAGGCUCAAUGUUUUGAUUUCUCACGUAGAAAGUGCUAUCGUGGAGCAUUAUGUAGGUUCUCUCAUCAUGAACCUGACAAGAAUGCUACAUCAAGGCGCUCUAGGAAUAAACAUGAUCUGGAACCUUAUUCUCGUGAAAAAAGUUCUAGGAUUAAUGAGGGAGUGAAGAGUAUAUCUUCUUCUAAAGUGUCAGAUUAUGAGCAUGAUGGAGUCAGAAUUCAGGACAUAGAUCGUCACCAGAAUAUAACUGGCCAGGAAGUAGUGCCAAAAAUGGAAGAUUCUGAGGGUCGGGCUGUUGUGUCUACUACCUUUGAUCAAUCGGUUAAUUGCAAUCCAAGCUCUGAAGGUGUCAUAGAGGUUUCUCCUAAGGUGCAGGAAACCUUGGUAGUUAGAGAAAAGCCAAAGACUUCAAUACAUAAUAAUGAUAGUUCUCAGAAUGCAGUAAAUUCUCAUCAGCAGCACUUGGUUGAUGACUUUCAGCUUGAAGCUUUAAGCAGUGCUGAUGCUGCUAAAGAAUCUAUUCCCUCGGAAGUUAGUUCAUUUGUUCAGCAACUACAAUCCAAUGUUUCUGUUGAUGUUCGAGAACAUUCUGGUGCUACAUCUAAAGACAUUAUUCCUUCAGAAGAUGGUUCAUCUGUUGAGAAACUACAGUCCAAUGUUUCUGCUGAAGUUCCCGAUCAUUCUGGUUACCCUUCUCAGCUUCUAAAUGCGGCCUGCGUGAAUGAUUUGUCAUCCGAUAAAAGAUCAAUGAUUUCUGCUAAUGAGGUUUCUGAUAGUGAACCUUUACCAUGUAUGUUACCAGAUACACAACUACAGUCAGUCACUAGUUCUGUUGGUCCAUCAGAUCAUCCUUCAUUGCAUUCUCAGGCUUCUAAAGAGUUACCUCCACAAAGUGUUUCAUCGGUGGAAUUUCCACUUCAUACUCACCCAUUGCCUGCUUUUGUUGGUUCACAUUCCCAGGGUGAAAAUGCUGUGCAUAUGCCACAAAUUCCAAGGCAAUAUGGUGUGAUGCAGCAAAAUGCAUUCUUUCCUUUCCAGUCCACUGCCAGAGAAAACUUUGAACCUUACCCAGCUCCAUUACAGACAUCAAAUUCUCAUUUCAGUGGACCACCUCAUAGCUCUUGGACAUCCUUGCCGCCACCACCACCACCACCAUCACAUGCGAUGUAUAAUACCAGUUCAAACAUGGGAGUUGCAAAAUCAUUCAUUUCUUCAGAAUUUAAUCAGAAUCAACUGCAUUCAAGAACUGACUAUGUUUCUCAGACUUCCAUGAUUCCCGGGUUACCAACUCAUUCUCAAAGUUCAAAAUUUGAGGAUCAAGUUUACCCUCCAAUGCAGGAUCAUUCACGAACUUUCAUGCGCACAGAAUCUUUCUCUCCCAAGCAACUUCAUCAGGGGAACCCGGCAUACCAAUCGCUUUCAAGCUCCACAUCUUUUGGCGGCCUGCAUCAUCAACCAAAACAUUUUUCUUGGGAGUCAGAUGUGAACAGACCACAGCCUCCUUUGGGCAGCAGGUUGCCUCCUGAAGGACAUUUCAGCACGUCAUCCCUCACUCUUCCAUUAUCACAGCAGCAGCAGCAAUCAGUUCAUAAAUUACAAUAUACUUCAUCUGAUGUUAAUUUGGCUGGACCUGGAGGGACUGCUACUGUAUCCAGAUAUCCACCAGAUGUUCCUGAUAGCAAUCAUUCAACGUCUCUUCCGACUUUUGGAGCAUCAAGAGCUUCUGCCCACUAUAAUCCUUAUGCAUCAACCUUUGAGCAGCCACUAAGUUCAAAACUCAGUUCAAGCUUUUUACAGCAAGAAAAUGAUAUAGUUUACGGUAACAAUUAUGGUCCUUCUAGAUAUAGCGAAGGGGAUGUUGUUGGAUCAAGAGAGACAGCAUCGCCAAAACCAGCAAGAGCUGUUGGUCAGAUCUUGCCAGGGCCUGGUGAACAAUAUGAUCCACUUUUUGACAGCAUUGAACCAUCGUCCUCUUUGAAGAAAUUUGAUUUUGAGCAGGAGCAGGAAGUUGCAGGUGAAUCCAAUAUCAGCCUAAGACCUAAAAGUUCUCAUAUGUCUUUGGAUGCCAAAGAGAAGAAGCAUGGGAAGGUUGGGGCUGUUGCCUCUACCAGUUCUCUAAAUAAUGAUGAAUAUGGUGAAACAGCAGAUGCUGAGGUGGGUGCUGUUGAAAAUGAGAGCCUAAGUAAUGAUAUGGAUGAUGCUAACAUGUCUCCGGGGAAGGAUGAAAUUAAUCAGAUAAAAUCUCCAGGGAAAAGAAAGAAGAGCAAGGAUUCCAGAUCAAUGAAAUUAUUCAAAGUUUCCAUUGCAAACUUUGUGAAGGAGGUUUUGAAACCAUCAUGGAGACAGGGUAAUAUGAGUAAGGUGGCUUUUAAAACCAUUGUGAAAAAGACUGUAGAUAAGGUGUCGGGAGCUAUGAAAGGCCACCGUAUACCCAAAUCUCAAGAGAAGAUAAAUCAAUACAUUGAGUCAUCACAGCGGAAGUUGACUAAACUUGUGAUGGGUUAUGUUGACAAGUAUGUUAAGGUGUGAAGGUUGGAAGUGAACUAUGCCAAUGUUUCUUCAACAUUCAAUUGCCAGUUUACACCACUUUUGUAGGAUAUACCGGUGCUUACCUGGAGUUUGUAUCAGAUGAUGAUCUGUGACAAUUGUUCAUCAGCAUUCCAUUUCAUGAAGAUUUCUUGGUCAACCUCAAAUGUGUAUGUAUAUUGUGAUAUAGUUAUUUUGUAGUAUUUUGAAGAGGUUCGCCCAUAAAUAUCGUGAAGUUGGAACUUUUUCCCCAAGUUCUCUCUUUUGUUGUUUUAAUGAGCUAUUAACUUAAAGAAAUUACAUUAAAAAAAUUGGCGCAAGGAAAGUAAAAUUUCCCAAUCUUUUUUCUUGUACAAAAGUUUUUUCUUUUGACUUUUCAAGUACUUGUACAACAGUUUUUCUUUUGACUUUUCAAGUACCAUGGGUUCCAAAGCGUCUCAUGCUUGAAAGAGAUCUUCCUUGUGGCCUCAUCAAAUAUUUUCCCUGAACUAUGGAAAUGAAUAACUUUUCUUGCA